CGAAGAAGCAGAGGUGGGUUGCAAGUGAAGACAUUGGAGCACAGUGGAGCGUGGUUCCUGCAGCUGAACUACAGGGAACACAGACACCGGCACCAGACACAGGAUAAUCUGGGCACUCUUCCAACACAGCCAUGGGUCAGUUAUUCUCUGCUCAGGAUGAAGACCAUGGAAAUUCAGAGAUCAACUACACUGCAUAUUUUAAGAAGAUUAAGAAAGAAAACACAAUCAUUCCUCAGGAAACCAUCCAUUUAAUAGAAUUUCAUCUGAAAAAGGGAAACAUUCUGGGGGCAAACUCAAUAAUCAGUGAUGCAUUGAAAAAUAUUGAUAGUGCCCCAAUAAACAUUGCUGUGACAGGAGAGUCUGGAGCAGGGAAGUCCAGCUUCAUCAAUGCCCUGAGGGGAGUUGGGACUGAAGAUGAAGGUGCAGCUGCAGUUGGGGUAACAGAGACAACAAUGAAUAUAACUUCAUACAAACACCCCAAAAUCAAAACUUUGACUUUGUGGGACCUGCCUGGCAUUGGAACUAUGAACUUCCUGCCGAAAGAGUAUCUGGAGAAAGUGCAAUUCCAAAAGUAUGACUUCUUCAUUAUUGUUUCUGCCACACGUUUUACAAAUCUUGAACUAGACCUUGCCAAAGCAAUCAGAUUUAUGAAAAAAAAUUACUACAUGGUGAGAACCAAGAUAGAUGCUGAUUUACAAAAUGAAGAGUCUACCAAACCGCGUACCUUUGACAGAGAAAAUACCCUGCAGAAUAUCCGAAGAUACUAUGUAGAUAACUUUAGUCAUAACAACAUGGAUGCACCACAGAUUUUCUUGAUCUCUAGCCAUUAUCUGUCUGACUAUGAUUUUCCAGUCCUGAUGGACACCCUGACACAGGAUCUUCCUGCUCAGAAACGCCACAACUUUACACUUUCCAUGACUAAUAUUACAGAGGCAGCCAUUGACAGAAAGCGCGAGUCUAUGCAGCAAACUAUCUGGUUAGAAGCCAUCAAGGAUGGAGUUUUGUCUGCUGCUCCUGCAGUGGGUAUCCUCAGGGAUAAUAUGAAAAACCUGAAGGCAAGAUUAAACCUCUACCAAGAAUGCUUUGGAGUGGAUGAUGAAUCCAUGGAAUUCAUGGCCAAGAAUUACCAAGUGCCUGUUGAAAAACUGAAAAAAAUCAUUAAAUCUCCUUAUUUAUUGGAAACUAAGGAAGAAGAAACAUUAGGAGAAACAUUUUUGAAAUAUUUGGAGAAAUUUGCCUCAGCUAAUGGUGGGUUCCUUGCUGCAGGUCUUUACUUUAGGAAAACCUUUUACUUGCAACACAUCUUCCUUGACACGGUGACUGAAGAUGCCAAAGCUCUCCUUAGAGAGACAUAUUUAAAAAACUAGCACAAAUUCAGCUCACCCACUGCCUCUGACCAUGACAACAUCAAAAGAUUAACUCCAGGGAGUGAUAUAUAAAUUCCCCUUCUGAUAUGUUUCUCUUUACAUUAGCCAAUCCACUACUACCAUGGGAAAACCUAAAGAUAUGGACCAUGUAAUGGGGGAUGUCCUUCUGUAUAUAUGUUUCUCUUAUUGAUUGAUGAAUAAAACACUGUUUGGCCAAUAGAGGCAGGAAGAUAGGUGGGAUUCAGAGACAAGGAGAAUGCUGAGGAGAGAGGCAGACAGGCACCAUGAGGAGAUGCCAUAUAGAGACCAGAAAAACAGGACUUGCCAGGUGCUCUCUGUUAAGAUAAGGCCAUGUAUAAUUACAUAGAUUAGUAGUUAUGGGUUAAUAAUCAAGACAGAGCUAGCCAAUAAGAAGCCCUAGAUAUUGACCAACAGAUUUAUAAUUAAUAUAGCAUCUGUGUGUUUAUUUGAUGCUAUGGGAUCAAAUUCUUAAUAUGUCAGAGUUGGACAACCCCAAUCCCUCUUUACUUCUCUACAUCCCUCUCUUUCCUUCAACCCCACCUUCAUGCUUGAAUACACACACACACACACACACACACACACACACAUGAAUGAAUGAACACAUGCCCAUAUACAAUACCCAAACAUGUGCAAGCACACACACACAAAAGAUUUUAAUAGCUAUUUUGUAGCUUUUUCUUCACAAUCAAAUGAUUUCAAUGAAAACUCAGGAAGUCAGAGGCUCUAUACUCAGUGCACAAAUCACUUGCCAUGCAUGUGUGAGGACCACAGUUCAAUUUCCAGAACGCACAUAAAUGUUGUCUUGGUGUUGCAAUCAUUUUGUACUUCCACACUCAGAAGACAAGAACAGCGAAACCAUGGAGAAGCCGGCUUCCUAGACUGUGUAGAUCUACAAGCUCAGGAUUCAGUUGAGAGAUCCUGCCGUGCUGAAAAAGGAAGAAAGUAACAGAGGUGGAGACUCAACAUACUCUGGCAUGUCCACACACAUGUAAACAUGUAAUCCCCACAGAGAGACCCAUUUUAAAUGGAAAAUAAAAUAAUACUCAGGAAGUAAAUAAAAUUCACAAGUCGUAGAAAGUACAGGAACAUAACAGGCUCAUGAAGCUCUUCAAGGUUAUAUAAGGAAAAAGCAUUCUGCAGGAAUGGGGAUUUCAGAGCAGCUGAGGUGCCUGUAAAUCAUGCAGAGGCCCUAUUGCCUUGCUGAGGUGGGCUUAUCAGUGAUGAAGCUACCUUUGAGUGUUCCACAUUCCCAUAAGCAGCUCUCACCCUAAUAAAUUCACUCAUUUGCUAAACUAGACGCAAAAGACAUGUUGAUGCUGGGGUUGAAGUGUGUGAAUUCACUUCUAGUCUGGACCUUUGGGGUAGGAGGACAAGAGCCUUUAACUGGAGCCAUACUGUCUUCUGGACGUCUGUAUAAGGACAUGGAAGAAGGAAGAUUUUGCUCAUUACCUUCGUGCACUUCCCUUGCUAGCACAUCCAUUUCUUCACUGACAUUGGAAUCUACACCUUUGGAAUUCCAGCUGAUACAGAUGACCAGCUAAGACAUCCAGCCUUGUGGGACUGAACAACUAAUUUCUUGGACUAUCCACGCACUGAAGAAUAGCUGGACUGCACCCUGUAAGUCAUUCCAGUAUAUCCCCCUUAUAUACAGAGAUUCAUUCCAUAAGUUCUGUGACUCUAGAGAAAUUUAACGAAUACAAUAAGCUAUAUCUUCUCACCCAGUAACUCCAGUAAAAGUUCCUAAGCACAUAUAAAAUAGUGGAAUUCAGGAUAGUGUUUUCAGACAUCCUCAAUGAUUCCUUCCUUCACUCCCACCUCCUCCACAAUACUCACUUUUCGCACUUCAUAUCACUCGUCCUCUACUUAUCCCCUUGGUAUUACAGUUCUGUAGAGGAAGAGAAUCAAUGGAGUGAAUAUAUUUACAAUAUAUGCAUAAAACAGAAUACUAUAUUAAGAAGGCUCACAUUGAAAUAGUAUCAACAGCUGAGUGCCAACUGGGAGGCUGAGAACCUGUUGUUUCUCCAUUAAAGAGAGUACCUAAACAGUUAGGGCAGCACCACAGUGACUGUCUCUCAGUAGGCAGGACAACAACUCUGCAGUUGCUCAGGUCACAAGGCUGGGUACCGCUGCAUUCCCGCCUGGCACAGAAAAACUGGAAGCUUCCUGGAGAAUCACUAAUCCAGAGUCAGAUUCCUGGAAAUGUUUGUUCUGACAUCAGUGAAGGAACCAGCAGCAGAGACGGCAAAUCAACCCACAGUUAGAAGAAAUGUCAAGACAGCACAGGGCAAGUCAUCAUUCCCUGCCUUACACUUGGCAUCUGAGUGGGUCUUUCAGCAUACGUUUAGGCAAUCAGGACAUUUCUGGUGCGGCUCCAUAUCAAGUGACUCUAAUUUGUGGCAAGUUGACUUUAUAAUCAACCUCAACAUCCUCCCUAAAGAUCUUUCUUCCCUUUCUACAGUGACCCAGUUCCAGCUUCCUGGCUUCCAUGAUUGUGCCAAUUGAAUGACUCAAAUGCAAAGAUUCAGUGCUAUGAUCUAUAUAUGAGAAAGAAUAUGUGGUUUUAGACUUCCUGGGUCAGGAAAACAUCACACAAUGUUUUCAAGGUCCAUCCAUUGACCCAAGAUUUUUGUGAUUUUAUUUUCCUCUACAGAUGAAUAAAUUCUACUGUAUAAUG